GUAUUAGGGAGAAACUUUCAUAUACGAGUUGUAUAGAAAAAAUUAUUCUCCAUAAAUAGUCAUCCCAAUUACAAUAAAUCCAAAAAAUCUGGAAAUUUCAAGACUACUUCCAUAUAAAGGCGUAAGAAAAAUAGUGUUGGGUCAUAUCAAUGCCAGAGGUGACUACUGGAAUAGGGUAUAUUCAUCCUCGAAACCAUAUAUUUACAGAUGCCCCUUGCUAUAUACAUUUUGGCUGAAUUUUGCUCUACCUUAAAUGGUAUUAAAAAUUGGUGCUACUAUGCCACCUGUUAGUGCCGCCUGCAUUUGAUCGCCUGACGUGUCAUGUCAAAUAAAAAUAAAAAACACAUGAAAGAAAAGGAGCUGAAUCUUGCGGGAUGUUUUCAAAACACAUUUGGUGUGUUCAUCAGAGACUCUCCCAUUGCCCUCCCUCCGCUCGACGUCCCGUUGCCGUCCAGUCACUGAACACCACUCCCUCCUCCACAAGCGCCUUUUGUUGCCGAACAUUGGCUCGCUCCUCCACGAGGACCAUCCCGCAGCAUAGAGCUCCCAUAAGUGACAUUCUCGCGGCAGCUGAGCUUCUAACCACCCUGAAAUCCCAUAUGCAGAGUAAUUAUACGAACAAGAAAAGCAGAGACCAACCAGUUGCUUCAUUAGGGUCUUCUUGUUAUAUUAAUAGGUUGGGAAGUCUUGUAGAUAUUUCUGUUGGUAUGACCCUGAAAUACCAUCAUAUUGCCAAAAAACUAUCAAACGAUUAUUGCACUCAAUUGAUAGAUUAAAAGCUGGAGUUGACAAGAUCUAAGCAACAAUGGAUAUCCAAACCUUGAAUCAUUGACUAGAAAAAAGGUCGAGAGGCACAAGAGGCAACUACUGAAAGUUACCUAUAUUCUAACAAUUUCAUUAUCGUGGGGUUUUUUUUUUUUUUUUUUUUUUUGGGUUACUUAUAUCCACUUGGGUUCUAUUCAAAGGAAAAUGUUAGUCAUAUCGAUGUUUUAAUAGACAUAGUAAACUUGGAAAGUCUAUAUGUAUGUAGAAGCUCUUUGUAUUUGUUAAGACUUUGAAUAUUCUCAUGUAUAAGUUUCCAAGAUGGAUGGACUUGAAUAUCUUGGAAAUCUUGUGCCGUUUUUUCUAUCAAUGAUGGAUGGAUUUGAAUAUCCUGGAAAA